CACGCGUUCAGUUGUUGAAACCCUUAGCCUAAGGAUACGAGCUGAGCCACCAAACUCUCCUGAAACCACAGACGGAGGACUCUGAGAGAAUAUCUUUACGUCACAGACACAGGCUGGACCCACAUCUCAGAGAAUUAUCUCCCACAUUCUCCAGCUGCUGACCCUUGUUCCAGACGCUCCUUCUGUACCUGCUGGGCUCCUGUGUGUCCCUGCCUGUCUGGCUGUGCUGAGAGAUGAAGAUCCCUCUGUGGUACCUGGUGGUGCUGCUGGCAUGUCUCUUCACCCCUGGACGCAGUGACUGCCAGGGGGAGUGUGUGGCCUGCGGUCUGCUCCUGCAGCAGCAGCAGCUGCAGCAAGCCUUCAACACCAUGGUGUGUUUGUUGGAGUGUGAGGGUCACGUCUCCUCUUCACUCACAUGGGAGGUGUGUAAACGUACCGUCAAGCUGUCGCACCAUCCUGCACUUUCUGAGGGAGGCGCUCUGUUCAAGAGAACAGGAGAGGGGCUUGAGCUGACCCCUCUUGACCUGAACUCUGACAGUCAACUGCUGCAGUCUGCAGCCGCUGAGCGCUUCGAGGAGGGGGAGCAGGACGAGAUACCCUUCGAGGAGCGCAGUGUCCAGUAUGACUCAUCACUGCUGGAAUCCACUGAGGAGGGGGAGGGCCUGCAAGAUCUGGAUCUCAGUCUGGCUGACGAAGAGAGGAAGCCGAGAGAGGAGAGGAAUGUGGAGAGUGACAGCCAGUUAGAAGGGGACGAGGACAGCGACUCAAAGGCCGUCACCUUAUCCAAACGCUUUGGUGGCUUUCAGAGGGGGCGCCACGGAUACAGAAAGCUGAUUGGCUCACCCAUGAGGCCCCUACAAAAGCGCUACGGCGGGUUCAUAGGUGUCCGGAAAUCUGCCCGCAAAUGGAACAGUCAGAAAAGGGUGAACCAGCUGUUGAGGCAGUACCUGGGCAUGAGGAGCAGCCGCAGCGGCAGGUUCAACACCGUCCCUGUAACUCGGGUUUGGAGGCAAAACAAACUGUAAUGUAUUUCUGUUGCUCUCACAGAAUCCUGCCCCAGUUACCUCAACCAAUCAUAUUUUCAGCAGCUCACUCCAAGUGUCACCAUCGUCAUCAGAAGAACAGACUCUGCCAUGUUGCUGCACCUCUCUUUGUGUCUCUAAGUAACAAGGAAUGUUUUGACUGUGAUGUCCUUCUUAUUAAGCAUAUUUUCAUGACAUUCUGUGAAAUAAAAGAAUUAGAGAAGUGCAAUUGAAUAUAUUUUUGUGUGUCGUUACAAUAAAAGGGGCCAAAUGAGAUUGGAAGACUGGUUCACUCGAGCUUUUCACCAGAGAUGAGACCUGAGGGUGUGGCAUUUAAAAUCAUGUUGAAUGCACUUUGAUGCGUGUGUGAAUUAAGUCAUGACUCCAGAUGGGGUAUUUUGCACUCUGUAGUCUGUGUUAUGCAAGCUGUUACUAAUGUCCGGCUCUCAUGUAAUGGACUCAUUUGUCACUACAUAGGUUUCCCAUAUUAACAUUACAUUUUGGGACUAAACACACACUAUAAAAAUAAUCCAAUGGUUCAACUUAAAAAUAACGAAGGUAACAAUUUGCACACAUCUUUUCAAGUUGUUCCAACUCUGGCAUUAUUGAGUCAAUCCUAUAAGUCCUUUAUAAUCUGACAAACUCAAUUAAUUUAGCACAACCACCAUGAUUUGCUUUGAAAAACACAGUUUAGUUGAACCAACUUAAUAUUUAUCCAAAAGUUGUGGUGAUAUUUAAUGGUCAAAUGAUGUUAUUUAAGAUAUUUAAACAUAUUGUUUUUAGUCAAUCCUACUAAAAAAUGUAAAAAAAUGUUUUGGAUUUUGACCAACUUCUCAAAGUAAAUGUUAGCUGACUAAAACACUUUAUUGUAACAAACAUAUUUUUAAUGCUAAAAAACUUGUUUAAGUGUUACACUAACCCCAUGAAUCAUUGUCAGAGUGUAUCAUAAACAAAUCUUAUAUUAUAAUCAAGAAUUAAUUUGGAGGUGGAGUAGCACUGUGCUUUCAAUAUGGUUCAGUCAGAUGGUUGGACAGUGAGAGUGCUGAAGCCCAAACUGUUAAUUACUGAUACAAAAAUCUAAUUUUCUGCUUAAGGAACUUAAUUAAAUACAAUGGAUGUAAAUUGGAUUUCUGAACUUUGAAACUUACCAAACCUCUACAUCUCUCCUAAAAAAUAGUCUUGUUCUCAUUGCUUCAUUCUGAGCAUUGCCAAAAAAAGUUUUUAUUAUUUCUAUUGUAUCUUAAUUGUGGCCAUCCUGCGGGGGUUAUCAUUGUAAAGCUUGUAAGUGAUGAGUUUCUCUUUGAGGAAUGAGCAGCAGGUUGGCAGGCUCCCCUGGGCUCCUUGUAGUGGAGCAAUACUGUCCUCUAGUGUUUGAGGAACAAACACCCUUGGUUACUGAUUUGGGAUCAGUUUUGCCAUGUCCUCAGUAAUAUUUUACUCAACUCUUUGGGUUUUUCUGCUGUUAUAAUGAAAUUAGAAAUAAACACAAACUGUCAAACAAAUACAUAUGCUCAAUUUAUGGCUGAUGCUGACAUGUCCUUCACAGAUAAACCAGAAGAU